ACCGUGAACCGUGAUGUAUACUCUACAGCAGAUGCUGUUGUUAUUAGUCAUAAGGAUGUAUAUAAGUCAGUGGAGCUUUUGCCCCCAGUCCUGAGACCAUACUACCAAUACUGGAUCUGGUUUAGCAUGGAGUCUCCAACCAAUUGCCCAAACUUGACGCUCAUGGACAACAAAAUGAACCUCACAAUGUCUUAUCGGCUUGAUUCAGAUAUAUUUACCCCAUAUGGCUGGCUGGAAAAAGUCAACAGGAAAGAAAAUUUUACAAUCCCCCAAAAGUCAAAGUUGGUAGCAUGGAUAAGUAGCAACUGGAAGACAAAGUACAGACGAACUAAUUAUUACGAGGAGUUAAAGAAAUACAUUCCAGUUGACGUCUACGGAAAAUACGGUUUGCCUCUUCCACGGAAUGAGACUUUGAAAACUGUGGCCCGGUAUAAGUUCUACCUCUCCUUUGAGAAUUCUAUACAUGAGGAUUACAUCACGGAAAAGUUAUGGAGAAAUUCACUUCUGGCGGGAACUGUGCCCAUCGUCAUGGGUCCUCCUCGUAAAAAUUAUGAGCGUUUCAUUCCAGCUGACGCUUUUAUUCAUGUUGACGACUUUUCAUCUCCUCGAGAACUGGCUGAAUAUCUCCUGGAUUUGGAUAAAGAUGAGAACAAAUACAGACAGUAUUUUAACUGGAGGUUCAAAUAUCAGCCAACAAAAUCCAGUGGUGUUUUUCUACCAGCAUACUGCAAAAUAUGUAAAGUAUUAAAGGAGGCCCCGACUUAUAGGACAAUACCAAGUAUUGCUGAAUGGUUCAAGUAA